AUGAUCAUUCUUCACAGCAAUUUCGCCAUCCUCAUCAACACAGCCGCCUCCACGGCGUAUGAAUGCGAAAGCCAACUUGUGGUGCGGUCAAUCUCAAGUGGCCAGCCAAGUCUCAAGGCGUUGCCACCCCCGUGGUGUUACCUCGAUUUUAUGCCAGUGUGGGUUAUAGUAGACAGAAGUAGCAUGACUGACACUAAUAACAGUUUCAACCCCGACUCAUCUGCGGUCUUCGCACUCAUGAAGUCAUUCAGUGAACAGCAUUCUGCAAUGGGACUGCCAGUGAUGGAAGCAAACAGUUCAAGGGAAACGGAGGAACUGAGACAUCACUUUCUGGCAACCGCAAUGGCUAUGUUGAGUUCACCUAACUCUCAGUCACCUACCUGGGUUUGUGAACCACCCAUUUCUAUGCCCAAUUCAAAAGUUGACUUGAACGGUAACUGCGAUGAAGUGAAUAUGGCAUCGCAGCUCUUCACAGGCCUGGUGAAUCCUUUAUCUGAUACGUCUGUCACUCCGCCCAGCGAGUUUCCUUUCCCUAACCCUUUCAUGAUGAUUCCACCACCUAAAAACCUCCACCCAACCGUUAAUGGAAACAAGGAUGAGGACUUUUGCGAGCUCUGCCAGAAACACUUUUGUAACAAGUACUACCUACGCAAGCACAAGAGUGAUGUUCAUCGGAUUGCAAGUGAGCCAUUUUCACAAAUCCGGAAGCGUGAGGCCGGUUCAGGAGAAUCGGAUGACAACGACCAGUCUGAUAAAUCCUCAUCCACUAACACAAUUGAGUGGAUGAACGUUCUUACGUCUUCAUCUAUCACUUCCCAACAUCUUGGCGAAGGUAUUUCAGUCCGAAGGCCCUCUAUGGAGGCUAUCCGUAUUCUGAAUUCGGGAGAAGCAAACCCAAGUUCUGAAGAAGACCAGAUUCCCGUUUGGAUUCCAAAGUCUGAGUCAAAGUCUUCUCGAGUGGAGUUGAGCGAAAAUGCUACCUUUAUUCCUCCAAUCAUUGCCACCGAAACGGGCCCUAGUCCAGCUGUCAAUUCUACGGUCUCUUCAAAAACUCCAAACACUGGAACUCUCGACAUUUUCAAGUCAAGCAUGGCAGCUGCGAAGUUGGCCGAUCGCGUCACCUGUGAGCUAUGCAAAAAGGAACUCUGCAACAAAUACUUCCUCCGAACGCACAAAAUUAAAGUUCAUGGACUCUCACCUCAAGAAGUAGGUGGACCGAUUCCACGAUCAGUAGCCAGCAAACAUGCUGAGAAAACGCAGGUAGAAACCGCGAAGCAGAACAUGGAUCUCUUAGGUCUGCCUCAGCCUCUUCCUCCCCCUCUUUCCCUCAUGACUCCCAUGUUGUCCCCCCAAUUUCCAGCUCCACUGGGAAGCCUCCCGCCAUGGUUGCCUCCACAUCUCUCAUCGUUCCCGCAAGAAACCCCAAGGCCAACUCAAGAAGAGCCAAAAAAGGACACCGUUUUACAACUGAUGGCGGCAAACGCUUUGGUUACUUGCCCAUUAUGCGAUAAGACAAUUGGACCGCGUCUGUUCCUGCCAACUCACUUGACUUCUGUUCAUAGUCUCAGUCCAACAGACCCCUCAUUCUUCAUUUUUAUUCUGAGUGCACGAACACUGGAGAACAGCGGCGAGAGUGAUAUAUCGACCGCUAAGUUGACGCCAAGUAGGAAUUCAGAGAGAGGAAGUCCACCAUCUAUCGCGUUUCAGGCCACCAACCCCUCGCUUAUGAGGCUGCCGUCAACAACCUCCGUCGAAACGGCAAUCAAGGACCAGACAGGAGUCCCAAACAUCAGUGUAACCCACACUGUGAAUGGAAUGCUUGCACCACCGAUUUCAAGAAGGAGACUGAUAUGUGCCCGUCUUUUUGUACGUACAGUGAACGAAGUUAGCGCUGCGGGUAGUGGCUUCGAUCUGGCAACCAUAGCAACAACCCCGACCACUCCCUUGCUGUUGCCCCCACCCUUGGGGCUGCUUUCAUCCUCGCCCGGACUGUACCCGACGCCCCCAUUGCCCCCUUCACAACCCACGUCUGGGAUGAUGGUGAACACUACCAAGUGGAACCCCGUCCACCUCGCCGCCUCUGGUCUGGCUGCCAAGGGGGCCCUCUCAAACGGCUCCAUCAGCACAACUCCACGCAAGUCGCCCAAUCAAAUGCGCGUCCUUUGUGAUAUCUGUAACAAGUGGAUCUGCAAUAAGUACUUCCUGCGGACACACAAGGCGAACAAGCACGGAAUCACGGAUCAGUCGGCAGUAGCAGCAUCGGCAUCGGCAGGGGCUGGACUUAAGGGGCCAGCGAUGGCACCUCUUGAUUUCAGCAAACCUGGAAAGCAGCACCAGUCCUUGGAAGGGAACGCGGAAUACGGUUCCCUGGGAGCACCUGGCAGAGAAGACGUUCAGAUGAUCCAGCCUCCGAUUAUGACGCCGUGGUCUUUCUCGAAGCCCAACCCACGUUCUCCCGUAGACAGGAGUCCACAUCAACAAAACCAAGCCAACGGAUCCAUGAACUCAGAAGAUAUGCAAGAGAGCUUUGGAAGUCGUGGGUGUCCGCUGAACCUCUCCCUGAAACCCUCCCUCAAAACCGAGCGAGGCUUGGAAAUUAAACAUGCUGUCGACCAGUUCCUGUCGAAUCCCCCUGACUCCACGUCCCACCAUAAACGUCUCAAAUCCAGACGACGAAAAUUACGACUGCAGAAACGCGCCGCGCGUCUGCUGGCGAGGGCUUGCAAGCAGCUUUCUCCGCCACAACGAACCUCACCACGGAGGCAACAAGUAAGGACCCAUUUAGAGACGACAUUUUCCCGUGGUAAAGCCUGUUCGAAUUUAGGCGCAUUUUCCCUGUGUAAAAUAAACAAUUCCAAGUUCCGCCUCGGUGUGGUUGGUAAAGUGAAGCUGAUUCCCGACACCGAUGUCAGUGGUGGUGGUGGUGGUGGUGGUGGUGGUGGUGGUGGUGGUGGUGGUGGUGGUGGU